UACAGAUGGUUGUGAGCCACCAUGUGGUUGCUGGGAAUUGAACUCAGGACCUUUGGAAGAGCAGGCAAUGCUCUUAACCACUGAGCCAUCUCUCCAACCCCGAACAGAGUGAUUUUGAAGAAUGAGACAUUUUCAGCAUCUUUUGAAGGAAAAUCUCAGUUCUCAACAUGGGAGGUAUGGCCUUCCAAUCAAGCUAAGGGAACUCUGGGUUUGGAAGGAGGAGGUGCUGAAUGGCCUCCUCUGUGUUCCCAGAGAGGCUUCUGGAUGGGAAAGUUAGGCUUCUGGUCAGUUCAGGACAGCUAGUUAGCAGGGUGAGAAAUGCAGGUCCCCCUGACAUCAGCAGUCCCUUCCCCCAGACAAUUCUACUGUAUCCCGGAGAGCUCUUGGCAUUCCAUGUGAUGUCACCAGUGUUGUAGCAACACCAACUGCCCUUAGGACAUUCCUCGGUGCCCACAGGGUACAUCUGUAGUCAUGUUCUCAAGACUGGGGAGUCUAAUUAGGAGAAUGGAUGGAGAACGUCAAGAGAACAGAGAGAAGCAGGAGGAGGCUGACGCUCAGUUUGGGCGUAAAUCAGGAAGGAAUAAAUGGUUCUGGCGAAAACACAAUGCUGCUACGGUGCCAUCAUCCAACCGAAAGCCUCUUACCCAGAAACGGAUGCAGAAGGAAAUGGAGAGGCUGACCACGGAGCUGCAGCUGAUGACCAGCCAGAGAAAUGAGCUGCGAGAUCAUGUGAUCUUUAUCACGGAAGGAAAGGUGGAUGAUAGGCCCUACCACCCGCCCAAUCCCCUGAAUGAGAAAGUGAAGCUGCAGCACAAACAGGCCUUGUCAGCACUACAGCGCCUGGAGGACGAGAACACUGAGGCCUCAGAGCAGCUGAGCGAGCUGACCAGGGAGACCGUCCUGUAUCGGGGUGUGCAUAGCUGGGUCCUGAUGCAGCAUACUCACCUGGAGAAGAAGGUGAACCUGCUGAGGCAGGAGAAGAAGAAAUUGCGGGAUGAUUGGGUCCUACUGAUGCAGCACGUAGAGGACUUGAAAGUGCUCUGUAAGGACCAAGGAAAGAACAGUGAUGUCAACACCCAGCAACAACAGGAGCUCAAGGGAUUGGUGGAAAGACUUCAGUUCCUGCUGAAGCAGAAGGAAACAGACACCCAGAAAAAGGGCUUAGCAGAAAAGCUGCGGCAUCACUUUGAGUUCUCCCAGAUGAGGUCCAAAACACUCCAGCCUAAGGUGGAAGAGGUCACAGCCCAGGAAGAGAGCCACUUGCAGAAGGAGCUGCUACAGGAAGAGCCACCCGCUGAGCCCCAUCCCCAGCAACUACUGAAUUCCAGGAAUCAAUUUUAUUCUUCAAAUUUGGAUUCCAUCAUGGAAUAGGCCUUGAGUAUGUCUAGCCAGUGACCCAGCAUGGCUGCUUCUGGGUCUUGAUUCCCUUUCCUUCUUGAUCACACCCCCUGAGAGAACUGAGGAAGCCAAAGGGAGUCACAGACACCUUGAAAUCAUCACAUUCUUCACAUUAGGAUCAAGGCCUCCAGACAAAAAGACACCCCUUGUAACUGUGAACUCACCAGGGAAGGAAAUACCAGCUGCCCUCCAGGUGGUCAUGCCCAAUCUGAUCCAUGUGUCUGUUGACUAAGUUCUCAUGAAGGAAAGAAAGCAACAAAACCAUGCUUGGGGUACAGAAAACCAGAGACAAAAGUUACUCCAAAUCCUACAUCUACCAUCAGGUGGCCUCAGCCUUGGGGGGAACAUGACAUAGAACAGAAGAGAAAUGACUGCAGACAUCUUGAAAACGCUGUUCCAAUCCGUGACAGCCUCACCACCAUGUCUAUGAGAGAAUGCUACUUAGUUUAAUUUUUGUUUGGUUUUGUUCUACAUUUUUGUUUCUACUUGUUUCAGUUUUGGCUUUGUUACUUUGAUGUUAUCUGUUCUUGUUAUUGAUUUUCAUAAUUUGUUAAGAGUAUUAUCUAGUGUUUAUGUUGAAUACCCUGUUAAAGCCCCCUUUGAGAAAAAUGUAUUCUUUUUGAGAUUUCAAAGUUAAUUUAUUUCACAGAGAUGAAAAUAAUCAAAAACAAACUCCUAAGUGCUAUGUGGCCAGCCCACCACGAGUGACAAUAUUUGAACUGGAAGCCUUGUGGAGAGCUUUCUGUAUUUGAACUUUUGGUGCAGCAGACAUAUUACAGUCAUAGAAGAGGCAAACUGGCUUUGCAGAGUUGAUUCAGAAUGGGACUUUUAACCCCAUUCUAUUGUCUUUGGUACAAUAGCCCCAAAGAAAGAGAAAUACCAUUCCAAGAGAAAUCUGAAGAGCAGUUCACUAUUAAGAAAGAGCAAGGUAAAUGUCAAUAUUUGUCUUGAACGUAAUGAAGCCUUUAUGCCUGUAUUUACUCUCUACCCUAAUGACUAAUUCCUCGAUACAUGUUUCAAAUAUUUUAUCAUUCAACAUUUUAUCAUAACUGUGUAUCAUAAAAGUUUAUUUUAAAAUAUAUUCUUGCAUUAAAAUUUUAAUAAAUUGUCAAAUAACCAAUUGCAUCAAUUUUAUCAACAUUAAAUCAUAACAUUGAUAAUUAAUUAAAAGACAAAGAA